GCACGUGGCACUCACACCUUCCAGCGCUUUAUGCAAAGCAACGCGCGGAUACAUCUGCCGCGCGGCUGCGCGCCGCGCCUGCCGCGCCUGCCGCUUACCGGAAAAGGAAGGGACGGUCCGCGGACUUUCUGAUGAAAUCUCUCGCCGGAGAGGCAGACAGACAAAUCAGCUUCCCGGCGGCUUCACCUCCCUGGUGGACGGACAUCGAGCAGUAUUACCGACCGGAGGACAGAAGUGACAUCUACAGCGGGUGAAGGUGUUCAUCUGAGCGAGUUUUAAAGGGUUCCUCCGCGGAGAACAAACUGUCAGUUAGCUGCUUGUGCUAAGCUAGCGUGCUACGUAGCUUAGCGUGCUAACUAGCCUAACCUCCCGCGGCUCUCCGCAGUCGGAACCGGACAACAUGGAUCUCUUCCGCUGCUUAGACGGAGACCAGUCGCCGUUUCACGGAUCCAACAUGUCCUGCCUGGCUCUGUAUUUCAACUCUGGUUCCACACGGAAGAAGUCCCAGCACCAUUUCGAGUCUGACGCCGGUUUUCUGGAGGAUAUUUCCUGGUUUCCGCGCAGCGUUGCUGGUUUCUAAGUGUUUCACAGCUGUCAGAUUAGCAGCUGGCCUGUUUACUCCCCUUUAACGAAACAACAUGUUCAGAAACUUUUACACUGAAGGACGUCUAUCUGACGGCCAGAGCGCGCCUUCAUCUGCCCCUUUCGGCGUCGCCUCGGUGGGAUUUGACAGCCAGGAAAGCUCGUGGAUCGGCCUCCUGUCGAGGCCCGCGCUGUCGCUACUGCGAAAGGUUCGGCGCUGGAGCGCGGCUCCCGCGGAGCUCAGCAACAGUUUUAUCGGCGAAGAAAGGGAGAUUUUACGGCAGCUGAAUGAAAUAAUCCCGCAUCAUCUCAGCUUCACGCAGUGUCCACAUGACGGAGCAGGCGGCCUGCUGGAGCCGGGGUUCGCCGGCUCUGUGCCCUGGCUGAGCGCGGUGCCGGUGCGGCAUGUCGGGACGGAGCUCCAGCCGCAGGUCGGGUACCUCUCCUCGGUCCGGGCGCUGCUGGGCUCCCAGGAGGCCGCUGGAGGGAAGGCCUGGGCGGUGAGCCCCGCCGGAAAGAGCGGCCGUGGUGGGGCAGCUUUCUGUGGAGGGGGGACGUCCAACCGGAGCGGGCAGAGUCCCAAACAAACCGCCCACCUGACCCAGAAAGCUCUGGACCCCCCCAGCAGCUCAACAAUGCAGACACAGUCCAGAACAUGGCGGCUCGGCCUGGACCCGAACAAGACCAGGGCUACCACAGCCUGGAGGAGGAGCUGACCCAGCGGGCCACCAGGAGCCCUCCAGAAGAGCAGCAGCCUCAGAUGGAGCCGGUACCAGAAGAACCAGAACCAGGGGCAGAGGAGGUUCUUUCAACGCCUCAGUGUGGAAACAAAUCCAUCGCCUUCAUCAUGGGGCUGCCCUGCAGUGACGACGACAGCAGCAGCCUGUCUGAGUCUGGCUCUGAUGAUGACGACGGGUUUGACAGCGAAGGUUCCUCAGAUCUAACCUCUGAUGAAGAUGAGGAUGAUGAGGCGUCGGACUCGGACAGCGAACCCGACCAGGACUCGGAGCGUCUCUGGAGCUCCUUUAGCCGGAGCGUCGACCCCUACAACCCGCAGAGCUUCACCGCUUCGCUGCACACCGGCCGCUGCCCUCCUGCUGACCCCGGCGCCGCCCUCCCUGACCCCGUGCCCUUCCAUGCUGCCUCCUCUCCCCCCUCCAGCCAGGACACCUGGGACGACUCGGCGUCGGCCAGCGAGGCGGAUGAGGCGGAGAGCCUCCGCCUGCUGCGCUCCUUCAGCAGCUCCUUGGACCCCUACAGCCCCCUGAACUUCCAGGCUCCGCUCAGGACUCAAGGGCCCGCCGGGCCCCCCUCCAGAACCAGGAGCAGAAGCAGCCCACAGACCGCCCACCAGAACCUGGCGGCGCCACCCGAGUACAGGAGGGAGGAGGCCGAGGACAGGCUGGACAGCGGCUUCGCUGAGGCCGCUGCCUCCAACCGGAGCACCAAGAAGGUCCGGUUCUGUGACGAGGUGGAGGAGUUCUUCGCCAGCUGCGGUGAGGAGGAGGACCGGCGCGGCCCGUGGGAGGAGCUGGCCCGGGACCGCUGCCGGUUCCGCCGCCGCUGCCAGGAAGUGGAGCGCAGCAUCGGGUUCUGCCUGGCGCCAGCGCACCGCCACCGGGUCUACCAGGGACUCUCGGCCCCCUCUGACUCCUGACCCGGGCCCGGUUCCGACCCGGUUCCGGAGCGCAGGUCGGACCUCGAAUAGCUGCUGCUUUCACCAAAUCACUACACAGCCAGUCAGUGGCCUGGCAUUGAGCCCCGCCACCUGCUGGUUCUGGUUCCGCUGGUUCUGCUCUGACCAGCAGGUCCAACGUUUGAAGGAAUAUUUUGACUUUAUUAAAAAUCAGUCUGUUGCCAAUUAAAAGUUUCUUUUAAGGAUUCGGGCUCCAAUUAAAGCCUGAGCAGGUGUGUUAACGAGCUGCUUAACGAGAAGCAGAACCAGUUGGCCCAUUAAAACCAAAGAAGAAGAGUCCGUGUUCUGGUGCUGCUCGGCAUCGCUGAGGUGUUAAAUGUUCAGCAGGAGGCGCUCAUCGUUCAGACAGAUCCUGUCUGGUUCUGAUCCAGUCCGGUUCUGGUCUUGGGUCCGGUCUGGUUCUGGUUCUGGUUCUGGUUCUGGUUCAGUCCAGUUCUGGUCUUGGGUCCGGUCUGGUUCUGGUUCAGUCCGGUUCUGGUCUUGGGUCCGGUCUGGUUCUGGUUCUGGUCUUGUUCCUGCUCUCCAAGCGGGCCUGAAGGCAGCAGAACCUGCACUAUGGGGUUAGUUUCCAUAGCAACCACUAGCCGCUGCCUUCAGGGUCUGAG